AUGGAGUCGUUCAAGACAGCAGUGUACAUUCAUAUUCUGUUUUCAUUCAGCAUAUUUAAACUAGUAUUGACUGAAGAUGGAGUGGAACCAAUAAGUGAAAACAAAUUUCUUUAUUUCGCGUAUGGAAGUAACCUUCUUGCAAAAAGAAUACAUAUUAACAACCCAACGGCGGAGUUUUUCUCCGCGGCAAAGUUACCGAACUUUAGGUUGGAUUUCCAAAGCUUCGACACGGAGUAUUGGAAUGGUGCUGAUGCGACCAUCGUUGAUGACGGGGACAGUGUCGUGUGGGGAGCUCUGUGGACACUUGACGUGAAGGAUAUACCUCAUCUGGAUGAGCAAGAGGGCAUUCACCUUGGCGAGUACCGAACGAGGAACGUGUCGGUGGUAACUCCUGAUGGUAGAAUAAUGAUGGCUCGGACGUACCAGAUGACGCUGGAACCACCUAAACUACCACCUAAAGAUAUACCACCAGAACGACAACCUUCUGACACAUAUAUGGAGUGUCCCGUGUCCCUUGCCCCGUGUCCCGUGUCCCGUGCCCCGUAUUUGUCUCCGAUGCUAACCCGAUUACGUCCAAUCAGCAGCGUCGCCUCCCUAAUUGGACGCUCCCGAUGCGAGGGCGGGUUUUUUAACAGGUUGUGCAAAUAUUUUCACUCUGUGCCAGCUACAAAGCCGGGGUCACACUCGAAUUAG